UGUGAGCGUGACAAUACUAGACAGAAGAAUCUGGUCUGAUAUCGAUACACAUAAUGUCAUAGUAUCAAUUGAAAGCUAUGUGGUUGAAGUUUGAGAGGAGAAUGUGGUAAUUUGAACGGGCCUUCCUGGGUAAAUAAAUAAAGAAAUAAAGAAUGGUGUGUGUCUAUUUCAAUGACAGUUCAAGAAUGUGAGACAGACUCGUCACCACGAUCACAACCUAGCCGUCCUUCUCUUCUUCCUAACUCUUUUUCAUGCAUUUUCAAUUUCAAUAUGAAUAUCAUAACCCCACGUCUCACACACGCGGUUCCAAUAUAUAAUAAUCAUUAAUCAUAUAUAUUUAUAUCAUAAAUAAAUAAUCCUGUUAUGUCGGACUUAAUUAAUGUCCUCCUCAGCCUUAAGUGGUCCCAUAAAGAGACUCUAUCAGUUAUUGGCAAUCACAAUCAUGAAUUGAGAGGAUGAAGUCACUCCAUAUUAGUACGUACACUAUUUAACUAUAAAUACAUGAAUAGUGAUCCAUCUAACACAAAGAAAUAAUGGAGCCAGCUGAGCUGAUUUCUGAAGAAUGGAGUUCUCUUAGUGGACUCUACACUGCUGAGGAGGCUGACUUUAUGAACCACUUUCUUGGACUUGCUAAUGCUAAUGCUAAUGCUAACUCCUCACUCCCACAACAACACCUCUAUCAAAAUUCCAAUGAAUCCACAAUACUUAGUGUCACAAAAAACAAUUCUAACUUUGCUGCACAAGUACCUAACUCAAGUAAUAUCUUCUUCCCCACAACAACUGAUCCAGUAAACAACUUUGGCUAUAUUUCUAUGGGGAUUUCCAUAGGUGAUGAUUGCAAAUUCAGUCCAUAUAUAACACAAGGGAAUGAAAGCAAACAUACAAAUGAUAACACUGAUGAAAAUAUUAUAGCUGACAAGGAUUUGCAGGUCCCAAAGGAAUGUGAAAUCAGAAGGGCAGGAAAAAGAUCUAGAAGCUCGAAUGAGGUACCAAAGAACAAGAGGAAUGUUAAAUCAAGGAAAAAUAUAAGAUGCGCUUCGUUAUGCAGCGAAGAGAAUACAAGCCCUGUUUCUCAGGAUCAGACCUUAAGCAGUUGUGCCUCAGAGGAUGAUAUGAAUUCUUCUCAUGAGCUGCGUCGAGAGGCAUCUUCAAGUUUGAGUCAGGACGAUUCUACAGCUCUGAAGUUAAGUGGAAAAUCAAUAUCUAGUAGAGGUACCGCUACGGAUCCACAGAGCCUCUAUGCAAGAAAAAGAAGAGAAAGAAUAAAUGAAAGGUUGAGAAUCCUACAAAACCUUGUCCCCAAUGGAACUAAGGUGGAUAUCAGCACUAUGCUUGAGGAAGCCGUCCAAUAUGUGAAGUUUUUACAGCUUCAAAUUAAGCUUCUAAGCUCUGAUGAUUUGUGGAUGUAUGCUCCCAUUGCUUACAAUGGAAUGAACAUUGGACUGGAACUUGGUAUUACCCCAACAAAAGAUACAAAGGAUAUGCGAUGAAACAGAAUACUGAACUUUAACAGACUCCGAUUCCAUUUUUUAAUCCUUAGCAAGUAUGAAAUUAAUUCAUUACAAUGCGAACCUUUACUUCUCAAGUAUGACAUAUCAAUUUGAGUUGAUUUCUUGAUUCUUUGUAUGAACAUUACGUGGAAAUUAUAAUUAUACUACAUUCUUUAAUCUACCUUUAGGGUGUGUGCAAGACCAGUAUUAUACUCUCCCUUGUUUAUUUCGAAGGAUAUUACCUAAUUGCAAUUUUACCUUCCGUAACGUACUCAUUCAAGUAUAAUAAAAUAUGAAAUAAGUUGUUUAUGCAUACUUAGUAAAAAUACAUAAACGUUAUUCCAGAAAUAAGAACAAUCAUCCCUUGUGCCCGGUAGUCUUUCGUAAACCAGAAGAAUGUUACCAAUAAAAACCAGAAGACAACUAAUUUGGUUGUUCUGAUGCGUUUAACGCAUACUUAUGGUUAGUGAAUCUGAUAUAAUACAGACAUCAUCACUAAUGCAUGGCAAUUUACAUCCUGAAUACAAAUUCAACCACCCUCCACAAAUAAAGUGGAAAAAAGCAAGAACACCCCACAGAGGAAUGGAGCAAUAUCAAGAUGUUACCUGAACUACAACACCAUAAGUUACAACAUUGUAUGUGGAAGAUGACAUCUGGUAAACAGAAAUCCAGGAUCCAGUGAAAUACCUCUGGCC